CUCAGGCUUUCUGUGCAUGCGUAAAUAAACUAGCCCGUUUUCAUAAAAUGUCUGAGAAUUCCAAUUUUCCUGUUCUCUCCAACUGUCAAUAGCGCCGCACGCAGAGAAAACUGCCAGGCUAUAUUGCGUAGGCCUACUCAUUAAAACGGAUAGUGCGCGCGCUCCUCCUCAGAACUUUGAUCUACUCCACACACACACCUUAAUUAACCUAUUCUCUGCAAAAUAGGCCUACAUGUCACAGAGAAGGCCUAUUGUUUAAUGUCGUAGUGGGUUUUAGAGUGGGGUUAGUACGUUUAAAUUAACAGUUAUGGCGAAAUGGUCGGUUUUACUAUUUUACCUCCUCCAAGGACUGGCUCAUCUUAUUACUGGACAGCAGCAGCCAUCGCGUGAGCGAGUGGGGCCUUGGCGGCAGAGGAUUCAGUGGAAGAAUAACGGUCAGGUGUACAGUCUAAUGAGCACCGGGUCAGAGUAUCAACCACUGGCGCGCCCAAGGAGCCAGUCCACGGUAUACGUGAGCACUAGGAGGGAUGGCACCGGCCAGACGCAGCCUGGAACGCGGAAAGGCAGAGUGGCUCACAUAAGAUCUGGACGAGUGGAAUCGAAUUUAGGCGCAGAACAUUUACGGGACCAAACCAACAAUGUUCUAGAUCCUGGAUCUGUAGCUCUAGGACAUGACAAUGAGCAGUACGUGGUGCCCAAUGCUCGGCGGCACUCAGGCGCCAGACAGCAACCUCCGGUUCCAUACCGAGCGGGAGUGGCGGGGUCCCCUGGCGCACGGCGCUACUCUCCAGAGUACACAUACCGAGUCAACGCAUCAGUCCCCACGCUGCUCCCCGAGUUCUCCGGUAGCGGAAUACCGAGGAGAAGAACGCCAGUCACUCAGGAUGCUACCGGGGAUGCUCGCUCGGGGGUUCAUGCCUCUCCACCCCGGGGAAGCGAGGCAGUGCUUGUUCCGGGUGGAGAAUACCAACAGAUACGCGCUGAGCCGGAAGCAUCUAUCUCCAGGCAAACCGCACAAAUGGAACAUUCCAACUCAGGUUAUGUCGUCCCCAAUGCUCCUCCACUACCCAGACCCGAUAACAGUGCUGAGACGUCGAUCGAGGCAGCGAGUAACGGCGAGGACAUGGUCUCGGACGACCCUAGGAACCCUUUUAAAAACCACCGGAAUUCCGUUUUCUACAACAUGUACCCCUCCAGAGGCAGAACUCCGGUAGUGCGCACGCGGCGUCCCCCGGUGCCAUCUCCUGGCACUGGAUACGGAACCAGAUAUUUCCAGAAUGGGCUCCCAGACCUCGUCCCAGACCCGUAUUCCAUCCAGGCUGGUGCCUACAUCCAGCGGAUGCAGAUGUACUCGCUGCGCUGUGCAGCUGAGGAGAACUGUUUGGCGAGGUCAGCGAGCACAGCCAGGGACAUAGACUACAGAGUACUGCUCCGCUUCCCCCAGAAGGUCAAGAACCAAGGCACAACUGACUUCCUUCCGGUCAAACCAAGACACCAGUGGGAAUGGCACAGCUGUCACCAACACUACCACAGUAUGGAUGCCUUCAGUAACUAUGAUCUGCUGGAGGUCACAACAGGAAGGAAGGUGGCAGAGGGACACAAGGCCAGUUUUUGUCUGGAGGACACCGGCUGUGAUGCUGGAUUCAGACGCCGCUACGCAUGCACAGCACAUACACAGGGGCUGAGUCCAGGAUGUCAUGAUACAUAUGCUGCGAAUAUUGACUGUCAGUGGAUCGACAUCACUGAUGUUCCUACAGGAAACUACGUCCUGAGGGUCACAGUCAACCCCAGUUAUCAUGUGCAAGAGUCAGACUAUUCCAACAACGUGGUGAGAUGUGAUGUCACAUACACAGGUACUCAGGUUCAAACACGGAACUGUCGGCUAACCAGGGGUUAAAUCUUGCCUUGGAAUGUAAGAUUCUGAGGUAUUUUCCUCUUGUCUCUUGAAGUACUGUAAACUACAACAAUCUCAACCAGUUGUUGCAGUUGUAGAUGGAGUCGUUUUAAUAAAAUUGUGCAGCAUUCCCCUCGAAACUUAAUGUGUUCCUUGGGUUAUUUAGGGUGUUAUAUGUUUGGAAAUCAGUUGUAAAAGAGGAUUUUUUUUACCCAAAACUUUUGUAACAUAGUCAUUUACUGAGCAUUAUUACAUGACAAUGUAUUUAUAUCGAUAUGACAUUAUCCGUUGAAGAAGAGGAAUAUUUUUGUAUUAUUUAGCAUGAUCUUGAAAAUGGAAUGGAAAAAGUACUGUGCUUGAAUUAGACUAUGCUUGAAUAAUAUUAUUUAGAUUUUUUAUAUUUGAUCUGCAGUUGUAUAGUUAGAUGCAGUUGAGUAACCACUUGGUGGCCAUAAUUAAUACGUUGCAAAUGCCUGACCUGUAUGUGCUAAGUAUUAAUUAAAUAAUAUAUUUCCAUUCACUUUGUAAGUGUGUAUGCAUGUGUGAGCGAAUGAAGACAUGUUUUAUUUUAAAUUGUAAUGAAAAGUUGUUUAUAUGACGCUCAAACCUGUUAAUAUUCCAGUUGUUUUUGUUAAUGUUGAUACAAUAAACAUGGUGAAGAGUGAGAAUAUAAAAAA